UCUCUACCUUAUAUAUGCUCAACAAUGUCCCUCUAUUCACAUACACCAACUUGAGAGCUUGACCAGAAAAAAAAUAUAUCAAACAGAAAACUAUUGAUUAUAUAUAUAUAUAUGAAAAAACUUUUCGUUCAAUAUUCAAACAUAUACAUGGCUACGUGUGUUUUGCAUUAUCUUCUUGUGGCAUUUCUGAUUGCCAUUAGUUACAACAUCGAUGCAGCAUCCGCAGGAAUCACGCGGCACUACCAGUUCGAUAUUCAACUGAAAAACAUCACAAGGUUGUGCAAGACAAAAACAAUCGUGACGGUCAAUGGAAAAUUUCCAGGGCCUAAGGUUACUGCAAGAGAAGGAGAUAAUCUACAGAUCAAAGUUGUUAAUCAUGUAUCCAAUAACAUCUCUAUCCACUGGCAUGGUAUCCGGCAGCUAAGGAGCGGAUGGGCGGAUGGACCAUCAUAUGUGACACAAUGUCCAAUUCGGACCGGACAAAGUUAUGUUUACAACUUCACGGUGACCGGACAAAGAGGAACCUUGUGGUGGCAUGCACAUAUUCAAUGGAUGAGAGCCACCGUGUAUGGACCCUUGAUCAUUCUCCCUAAACUCCAUCAGUCUUACCCGUUUCCCAAACCCUACAAACAAGUCCCUAUAAUCUUUGGUGAAUGGUUUAAUGCUGAUCCUCAAGCAGUGCUACAACAAGCUCUUCAGACGGGUGGAGGUCCUAAUGCCUCUGAUGCUCAUACUUUUAAUGGACUUCCCGGCCCAUUAUACAAUUGCUCUACAAAAGACACAUACAAACUGAUGGUGAAACCUGGAAAGACGUAUCUACUACGACUGAUUAAUGCUGCACUCAAUGACGAACUCUUCUUUACAAUAGCCAAUCAUACCUUGACGGUUGUUGAAGCUGAUGCUAGCUACGUUAAACCAUUCCAAACCAACAUCGUGCUUCUUGGUCCGGGCCAAACCACCAACGUACUACUCAAAACGAAACCUAGUAAUCCAAAUGCUACCUUCUACAUGUUGGCAAGACCAUACUUCACGAGCCAAGGAACAAUUGACAAUACAACCGUUGCGGGGAUUCUCCAAUACGAGCCUCAUUCGAAAUCUUCUAAGAACCCUCAUUCGAAAUCUUCUAAGAACCUUUCUAUUAUUAAACCAUCUCUCCCUCCUAUCAAUAGUACAAGCUACGCCGCAAAUUUCACAAAAAUGUUUAGAAGUUUGGCGAGUUCUACAUUUCCGGCUAACGUGCCAAAAAGCGUGGACAAGAAGUAUUUCUUUACCGUCGGUUUAGGAACCAACCCUUGUCCUAAAAACCAAACAUGCCAAGGACCAACGAAUACGACGAAAUUCGCAGCAUCUAUCAACAACGUGUCUUUCAUCUUACCAAACAAGACUUCCCUACUACAAUCAUACUUCACUGGCAAGUCUAAGAGUGUUUUCAUGACUGAUUUCCCAAGUGCCCCUAUUUUCCCAUUUAAUUACACGGGUACGCCACCAAACAACACAAUGGUCUCAAGAGGGACCAAAGUUGUGGUCUUGAAGUACAACACAACUGUUGAAUUGGUGUUACAGGGCACUAGCAUCUUGGGUAUUGAGGCCCACCCUAUACAUCUUCAUGGCUUCAACUUUUAUGUGGUGGGUCAAGGCUUCGGAAAUUUUAAUCCGGCCAGUGAUCCAAAACAGUACAACCUAGUCGAUCCCGUCGAACGAAACACCAUCAAUGUUCCUUCCGGUGGUUGGGUCGCCAUCCGCUUCCUUGCCGAUAAUCCCGGUGUGUGGCUGAUGCAUUGCCACAUCGAGAUACAUUUGAGUUGGGGUCUGACCAUGGCUUGGGUGGUUUUGGACGGUGACCUUCCAAAUCAGAAGCUCCUUCCUCCACCUUCAGAUUAUCCUAAAUGUUGACCCUGACUGAUCCAAUGCCCCUGCCAGUGCCACGUCACUUUUUCUCUUUGAUGAUAUAUUCCAUUCAAAGUAAUAUGUGUUUCCCUUUUUUUUUUCUUUUCCUGUUUAGUAUUUUUGUGUGUUUCAAUUGUAAUCACCUGAGGGUUCUGAGUAUUUCUAUUUUUGUUUCCCCCUUUUUUUCUUGUAAGAAGAGUGAGUGACCUGAAGAACUAUAGUCGCGGUAAUAAUUUUCUAUGUACGAUACUUUGACGCAAAAUAAAUAACUGUAAAGUUUAGUAUCAACGAAAAA